AUGCAGCAAGGUCAAAGAGGCAGGGUCACCUUGGCGCUGGGCAAGCGGGCACCUUGUCCCGUUGGGCGCUGGCGGGCGCAGGGCGCAGGCGCGCGCACGUGGGCUCCGGCACGCAGCGCUGCGGCCUGCGCCGCGGCCGCUCAACGCCUCGACGCCGUCGAGCCUCCCGGGCGCCCCGUUUUGAGGCCGGGGAGGCCUAUCGGCCAGGCCGGGAAGGGGCGAGCCGCGAAGGUCGUUCCCAAGGUCGUGGCCGGACGUGCGGCGCGGAGCCACGCGGAGUGCAUGCGGGACUCGUUGUACGUGCCGGAGCCCCGAGCCCUCAUGCCCGCCGCGCACCCCGCCCCUCCGGGCCCGACUCCCAGACCCCAGCUCUCCCCCGGGGUCCCCACGGGGGCGCGACUCGCCGGAACCUGGGAGCGCCGCUGGGGACUCAGCCAACCUGAUACUUCUUUACACUUGAUUCACCCUGGUUUUGAGGUUCCUGUUGUGCAGGGAACCCCCAAAAUAGCAAUUCCCAUUGUCCAGACUGAAACCGGCGAGCUGCGGCCGCGCUUCCUCUGGAGCGUGGCGAGGAGCUCUGACUGUCUUCAUCCAGUUUUCCCUUCUCUCCUUCCCCUCGCAGGGCUCUUCAGAGCUGCUGUGCCCAGUGGUGCCUCCACUGGGAUCUAUGAGGCCCUGGAGCUCCGGGACAAUGAUAAGACCCGGUAUCUGGGCAAAGGUGUCUCAAAGGCUGUUGAGCACAUCAAUAAAACGAUUGCGCCUGCCCUGGUUAGCAAGAAGGUGAACGUGACGGAACAGGAAAAGAUCGACAAGCUGAUGAUUGAGAUGGAUGGAACUGAGAAUAAAUCAAAAUUUGGUGCAAAUGCCAUUCUGGGCGUGUCCCUCGCUGUGUGCAAGGCCGGAGCUGUUGAGAAGGGAGUCCCCCUAUACCGUCACAUUGCUGACUUAGCUGGCAAUUCCGAAGUUAUCCUGCCAGUUCCUGCUUUCAAUGUGAUCAACGGCGGCUCCCAUGCCGGCAACAAGCUGGCCAUGCAGGAGUUCAUGAUCCUCCCCGUCGGGGCAGCCAACUUCAAGGAGGCCAUGCGCAUCGGGGCCGAGGUAUACCACAACCUGAAGAACGUCAUCAAGGAGAAGUAUGGCAAGGAUGCCACCAAUGUCGGGGAUGAAGGCGGAUUUGCCCCCAACAUCUUGGAGAACAAAGAAGCCCUGGAGCUGCUGAAGAAUGCUAUUGGGAAAGCUGGUUACACCGACAAGGUGGUGAUUGGCAUGGACGUAGCUGCCUCCGAGUUCUUCAACAAGACUAAUCCCAGAGCGCCCCUGCGUUUAACCCCUGUGGCAGGAAGUUCCUCAAGAUUGAGCCGAGACCAGCUCAACUACCUCCUUUGCUCAGUGGUGUCUAUCGAAGACCCCUUCGACCAGGAUGACUGGGACGCUUGGGCCAAGUUCACUGCCAGUUCAGGGAUCCAGGUGGUAGGGGAUGAUCUCACAGUGACCAACCCGAAGCGAAUCGCCAAGGCCGUGGGCGAGAAGUCGUGCAACUGCCUCCUGCUCAAAGUGAACCAGAUCGGCUCCGUGACCGAAUCUCUGCAGGCGUGCAAGCUGGCCCAGUCCAAUGGAUGGGGCGUCAUGGUGUCUCAUCGUUCUGGGGAGACCGAGGAUACUUUCAUUGCUGACCUGGUGGUGGGACUCUGCACUGGACAGAUCAAGACUGGUGCGCCGUGCCGAUCUGAACGCCUGGCCAAGUACAACCAGAUCCUCAGAAUUGAAGAGGAGCUGGGCAGCAAGGCCAAGUUUGCUGGCCAGAAGUUCAGAAAUCCCCUCGCCAAAUAAGCUGGGCAGGCAGACCUCUGGUAGCCCCUCCCCCGAGCCUGUCGGUGUUCUCGCCGCUUCAUUAGAGCUGCCCCCGCAGCCAAGCCAGACCAUCUGGACGCCUGUUGGAAACCCCAGCUUUGUGAUCCUGUGACAGCCCAACUCCUCACCCUUCUCUCAAGCUUCCCACCAAGUGUCCCAGUGGCAUCCCAAGGUGUCAACAGGCAGUGGUUUUGUUUGCAAAAUAAACAUCAGUGACCCCUGA